GCUUUCUUUUAAGUCUGCGUCCAAAAAAUAAUCUGGAAUUGAACACGGUUUCUUUCACUCUUAACAAUGGGUUUAACUGUCUUUGCUCGUAUCCGUCUUUUCGUAGUCGUUCGCUUUCUGCGAUUGGUCUUUGGGGCCAUGAGCAGUAAGCGAGCUCUUCGUAUCAUGAAUGUUGCUACCAAACCAAAGGGGUGGCAGCACAGCUGGAUGCAACUGGAACCAAAGACUCGCUCAUACUUUGUUGGUAGAAAUAUUGCCAGCCAGUCCAAAGAAGAAAUCAAGAUGCGUAUGAAGAACGCCAACGUUGUGAUCUUCUAUAUCCAUGGUGGCGGUUUCAGAGUAGGCAGCGCAACAAUGUACAUGACUGCGUUCGUUCGAUGGAUCAAAGCACUUGAGGAACAGGGAUUGAGCUGUGUUAUUUACUCUGCUGAGUACCGACUUGCCCCAGACCACCGCUUCCCUGCCGCACCAUUAGAUUGUAUUGAAUGCUACCGAAGCGUCAUUGAAGACUAUGGAGUCGACCCCAAAAAGAUCGUCAUGGGUGGAGACUCAGCCGGUGGUACACUCUCUUUGGAAACUUUGUAUCACACACAUCCUGACAUUCAAAGCACCUUCAACAAGGUCAAGCUUCCUCGUCCAGGCGGUCUGCUCAUGGUAUCUCCCUAUACAGGAGAUGACCAAUACGAAGAAACAGCGUCGUCUCAAGCUAAUCUUUCCCACGACUACAUUUCUCUGGCUACGAAGGAGAAGAUGGCUGAAUACCUCCCCUUAACCAAAGACCAUAGGCCCUAUACCUACCUUGAUUUGAGCGUAAACUACGCACAAAUUCUUCCCCAUAUUGUUUGCGUUGCUGUCGGUGGCAAAGAAGUUCUGCUUGAUGCAGGAUUACAAUUUGCUAAGCGAUGCCGCGAAGCUAAUCUCAAGGUUACUCUGGUUCGCGAAGAUUCUGUUCACGACUACUUUAUGCUGGGAUACCUUUUCACAAGCGAUAAGAAUGUUGUAAAGCGAGCAGUGUCAAGCGUUGUCGAUCUGGCACAGGCGGUGAUCGAUAGACAUAAAAUCGAGAAUUAAGAAAUGCUGAAUAAAUAUGACAUAUUUAUUAUAUUACAAGCAAUCUGGACAAUAUAUAAUCGUCCUUGAAAGAGAGUCAUAAGCCAAUGAGUACCGUGUUCAAUUCUAACAAAUCAUGACUAUGAGAAAUGCAGGGG